UUCGUCUUACCAUUGUUGCCACACCUUCUUGAUACUCGAGAAGAACACAACAAUUCACAAUGGUCACAUUUAGAUUAGUGUUUGUAGACUGCACUGUUAAUUAAUUAAUUAGAAUUAUGGCUUCCUUAGUUGCGGAUUACGGAACUUCCUCGGGUUCAGAUAGUGAUGGUGAUGACGUAUCGGAUGAUGGUGAUAAUACUUUUAAAGGGGAAGAAGAAGAAGAUGGGGAAGAUGAUGAGCCUGGUGAAAAUAAUGAUGACACACAAACUGAAACUGCUUCCAAAGAAAAACUUCCAUUACCUACACCUGAUUUUAAUGGCACACCUACCUUGAAAACUUCCGUAUUUUCUAAUCCAUUUGUUGAAGCUGAAAAAGCUAAAAGUGCUAUACUUGAAAAACACGUCAAAAUGACUCCAACAUUAGAUGAUACCAAAAUGAUAAAUGGUAGAAAAAUUUGUUGGAAUUAUAGAAAAGGCAGAUGUCGAUUUGGUCAUAAUUGUACUUUCGCUCAUGACUCAGAUUUGCAUAGAACAGCAGCUGAGUUGGAAGCUAUACGAGCUCCGCAAGAAACCAUUAUUUGUCAAACUCAGUAUAAUGGUCAACUUUCUGUAAAUGAUGAAAAUGAUGUUGAUCAAGAGAACAAUCAUACAAAUAAACGUAAAAAAAGACCAGGAUUAAGUCAGUCCUUAAUUCCUAGUAAAAAGGUCUUAAAAAUGUACAAAGCCCAGCAAACUAAAGCUAUUAGUAGGUAAACAAAAUGUAGUCAUUUUAGUAUUUCAAAGUAUAUAGUAGUAUAAAAGCAAUGCUGAUUAUUAUUGUCAUUUGCUUUUAAAAAAGAAAAGAUAUUAGUCCUUCCAAUACUUAAAUUAGUUAUAAAUACAAUUUUACAAUUCAACUAAGCUCAGUUUACAGUUGUAUAGAGGAAGCUGCUUUAAAUAUAAUAUUUGGAAGAACUAUCUUCCAUAAAUAACAAUUUUUAUAAAUUUUAACGACUUUUA